ACCUCCACUCCCUCACUCUCCCUGCAGCCUGCGCACACACACGGAGAGUCCAACCGUGGAUUUAAAAAAAUAAAUAAAAUUCUUCCUUUUUAAAAAACUUACCAGGAUCACAACCUGGGAGGAUCUGUAGGGACAUCGGGGGUUGCUACACAAACCAAAAAAGAAGUAGAAGAAGAAGAAGAGGGGGAAAGCUGCACGCCGCUAUGGAAGAGCUGACGGCGUUCGUGUCCAAGUCGUUCGAGGCGAAGAGCAAGGAGAGCAGCAAGGAGGCCAUCACUUACCGGGAAGUUCUGGAGAGCGGCUUGGCCAGGGCGAGGGAGCUCGCCAGCCCCGAGCAAGGCGUGCAUGACUUCACGGAGGGCGCUCACUGCCCGCUGCACGUCUUCAAGGAGCACGUGCACGAACUGGACAAGGACAAGCUCAAGGACUUUAGCGUGACACGACCCACGGAAGGCAUCUACGAGUGUAGCAAAGACAAGAAGGAGGAAGUGAAGUCCGAGGACGAGGACGCUCAGGGCAAGCUCAAGCAGCGCAGGAGUCGCACGAACUUCACGCUGGAGCAACUCAACGAGCUGGAACGGCUCUUCGAUGAGACCCACUACCCCGACGCCUUCAUGCGGGAGGAACUCAGCCAGCGCCUCGGACUCUCCGAGGCCCGCGUCCAGGUUUGGUUUCAAAACAGAAGAGCAAAAUGUCGGAAACAAGAAAACCAGAUGCACAAAGACAUCUUUCCCUUCUCUCCAGGGGUCAUUCUGGGCAGUGGCAGUCACCUGGAUGCCUGCAGGGUCGCGCCCUACGUCAACAUGGGGGCCCUCCGGAUGCCCUUCCAACAGGUCCAAGCGCAGCUCCAGCUAGAUGGCGUCACCCACUCCCACCCCCACCUGCACCCGCAUCUGGCCGCCCACGCCCCCUACCUGAUGUUCCCGCCCCCUCCUUUCGGACUACCAAUCGCCUCGCUGGCUGACUCGGCCUCAGCAGCGGCGGCAGUGGCGGCGGCCGCCAAGAGCAACAGCAAGAACUCCAGCAUCGCAGACCUGCGACUCAAGGCAGGACUUCUGCGGGGCCAGUGGCUCAGUCCACUCCAGGCACAGAUCACACAGACCCGGGGACCGUACAAACACAUGUGGAUGUCUGUCUGAGGGCCCGCGGCGGGCCACACGGGGCCAUGCGUGGGGUUGGGGACUGGGGCACGCCUUGACACCCACCCCUCAUUGUCUCUCUGGCUUUAACAAACUUUAAGAAGCGGUCAUGUUUGUUUGCAACCACUUUGUCCGUGCAUGGAGGCCUUCCUGCAAAAGCUCAUUUUACCCUCCCUUCUCUUCUGAUGGACUUGUGACUGUGACACAACAAAAGCAACAACUUUCAUGGUCGCCCCCCACCCCUUCUCCCUUCUUGGACUUUUUGUUCCUUUCUGUUUGGUAAAGAAGUGAAGACAGCCUUUGCACUUCAGGGUGUUUGCAAGAAGCAAGACACUACUUUAUUAUUAAAUUGAAAAAAAAUGAAAUAAAGGGGAGGGACAUUUGAUAUCAGCAAAAAAAAGUAUAAAGGGUAUAACCAAUUUUUUUUCAGGUUUUUUUUGUAUUUUGGAAAAUAACCAUGAAGGCAUCAGUCAAACUGAAAUGCAAUGGUGUGCAGUUUAAGUGCAAUACUGUAAAUAGCGAGGAAAAAAGUUAAACAGCAAGCAGUUAGUUCAUGAAGAGACAUUUUUAUUUUAGUUCUGUUUUUUUAAUGCACUGUUUCUUUGAUGCCGUGUAUAUUUUGUUGGAUCCCAGAAAAACAAACAGGGUGCCGUUUUUCCACAUAAUCGCUGCAGCAGGGGUGUCCAAAGUGCAGCCCGGGAGCCACAGUCAGCCCACAGCUUUUUUUUUUUUGGCCCUCGGCAUAUUUUAAAAAUACAAUGAAUUCAUUAUUAAUAAGAUGUAUGAUUAGAUAUUACACUCAUUUGCUCAGUCAGCUAUAACACAAAGCAAAGGUGUGGAUGCUUUGCUCAGAUAGCCUAGCAUAUAUUGACCUACAUUGGAUUGCUUUUAGCAUCCUUAAUACACAAAAUACACUCACACAAAUCCUGUAAUUUUCUGGAAAAAGUUUGGACACCCCUGAUCUACAGGAAGAAUUGCGAGUUAUAAGGAGAAUUUACAAAUGUAUGACUUGAAAAUGUUGAAAAGUCUGCAUUGACAUCCAAACUAAGCAAACUAUUAGCUUUACUGUGCAUGUUGUGUGUGACAUUCAUUUUUCAUUUCUGACAAUAAUAGUUCGGUCAAAAUAUUUGGAAAUAUUACUUGUUUUUUAUUUUUCCAAACUGCUGUUUUUAGUCCCUCAGGAGGUCUACAGGCUCCACCCACUUUCUGUUAAUCAAUCAAACCCCUCGUUUUUACCGUGUGUCUCCAUUUUAAAUUAAAACAUUUGCGUGUUUUAUUUAUUUUUUCUGAAAGUUUAUGAAAAAUGAAAGUUGAAACGUUUUUUACGUUGCUUUGUGUGUUUUUUAUGUUUAAUUAAUGUUUUAUUUUGGGAGUGUUUCCUAACGUGGAACGAAGGAAAAAAACAAAAAAUAGAAAUGUAGCGUGUCCAAGUUUACAAAUGUUUCAGGGAUGGUUUGAAUUUUUACCGAGAUUCCGCAGAAUUUGUCGUACCCACGCUUAUCAUUUCACGCAUGCUUAAACAUGAAUCAUCGUAACGGUUUGUUUGUUUUGCCUCCCCAGUACCCGUUUUUGAGUCACAAAAUAUGAAUGUACAUCUUGUACAAGUAAACUAUCAAUA